AUGAAUGACAGAUCCAUUAAGCUAAGUUCACUGCUAGUGAAUCAUCAACAUACCCCAAUGCCACAACCUAUCCCACCACGAUCCAAUUCACAUAUCUCUUUACCACCCAUUUCAUCCUUUGAUAAUUUAAUCAAUGCUACAAGCGUUGCCUCAGGUAUAUCAGGUACGAUAUCGCUUCCUGGUUUUAGUGACUCAUUAUCAUCAUCGCCUUCUGCUACAUCAUUCAUACAGAGCCGUCAUGAUAGUAAUGUUAGCUCAUUAAUAGAUCAUGGUAAUUAUACAAAUUCUAUACCAUCUUUAUCUACCUUAUUGAACAGUGCUACUCCUAGUCAGGUGACUAGUCCAGAUGUCUCUGGUGGAGAAAAUAUGCCUAAUGUUAUUUCAGUACCUAAACGUACUAGGAAAAAUAGUAAAAGUAAGAUUAGUAAAAGAAAAGAAUGUCCAAUUUGUCAUAACUAUUAUGCAAAUUUAAACACUCACAAAUCAACACAUUUAAAUCCUGAAAACAGACCUCAUAAAUGUUCUAAAUGUAACAGAGGAUUCAGUAGAAGUAAUGAUUUGAUUAGACACAAGAAACGUCAUUGGAAGGAUAAAUUCAUAUCUACUGAAAGAAUAGUGAAUCAACCUACAGACAGUGAAAGUUUCGUUAAGAGACAAAUAUCUUUAAAAAAUGAAGAAUUAGUCUCAUUGUAUCAAAUCGAAGGUGCUUACAAAUGCCCUUUCAAUUCUACAUUAAUUAAAUUAGAUACUGAUAUCCAUCCUGGGAGAACCACACGAACAGUUCCAAAUGGAGCUUAUAAUUGUCAUCAAACUGGUGUAUUUUCUAGAUGUGACACUUAUAAGAACCAUUUGAAGGCAUUGCAUUUCGAAUAUCCACCAAAAACUAAGAAAGAAGAUCGUGCCAUAGUACCAGGUAAAUGCAAACAUUGCGGCAAAGCAUUCAAAAAUGUCGAUGCUUGGUUAAACGAACAUGUCAACAAAGAGUGUGGCUAUUCAUACAGGUAA